AUGUGCCUUCAACCCUUGAGCAUUCCUGUCUUUCUGUGUGACAAUGGACAUACAGCUUGCUCUUGUUGCUUGGAAAAGCUUGCAAACAAAUGUUCUUCCUGCUCUUUGCCUAUUGGCAAUAAUAGAUGCUCCUUCAUUGAGAAGGUUCUUGAAGCAAUCAACAUAUCAUGUCCAAAUAUGAAGUAUGGUUGCCAAGAAACGGUAUGUUACAUCAAGAAAAAUGACCAUGAUAAGGCUUGCAUCUUCGCUCCAUGUUCAUGCCCUCAGCCACUUUGCAACUUCAUCGGCUCAUCAAAUCAGGUGUACCAACAUCAUUGCAGCGACCAUGUAGAUUGUGCAAUAUCCUUCCAAUUUGGUUCCACCUUCCCUAUUUUCUUCACCAUGACUGAAAAAGCUCUUGUCAUUCAAGAAAAGAGAGGUGUUAUAUUCAUUGUCCACAAUAGAAAAGAAGUGCUUGGGCAUGUAAUCAUGGUUAGUUGUUUAGGGCCUUCAUCCAUGAAGGGAUCAGGAUACUUCGUUGAACUUACAGCAAAGACUGAAGGAAGCAAUCUCAAGUUCCAAUCUUUUACAAAGAACAUCCAAAGCAGGGUUGAUAGAACUCCUUCACAAGGGUUUCUUCUAGUUCCCAGGGAGUUCUUUGGUGCUAACGAAGGCAUCAUCAUGGAUCUCUGCAUAUGGCCUGCUGGUGAAUGUCCUACAGCAUACCAGUAA